AUGUGUAUUUACAUGAUUUCCCUUGUCUUUUGUGUACGAUGCAGAUAUCCCAUGGACCCAUAUGACCGGUUCUGGGAGCAGUGGCAAUACAACUCGUACCCCUUGAUCAACCUGAACACUAGCAGUCAAGUGGAGAUUCUCCCGGGCAACGACUACUUCAAUGUGCCGAUGGCCAUCUUCCAGGAAGCCAUGACCCUAGACCCAAGCUACACCUCCAUGUGGCUUACCAUGGAAAAGAACAAUGUCGACUCCAAGAGUGUCCGCCUUCUCCCGAUCUUCCAUUUUGCUGAAAUCAAUGGUAGCAACCCGAACAGAAGGUUCGACAUCUACAACGCCGGCGAUUUGCUGCACCGAGGCUUCUCCCCGUCCCUUUUACAGGCCAACAGCUUGUAUGACAGCGGGCAAUUCUUGUAUAACGGCGACGCGUUCUACACCUUGAAUAAGACGCGCGGCUCAGACCUGCCCCCGCUCAUCAACGCGUUCGAGAUAUACUCGCUCAUUCGGAUGGAAAACUUCACCGCUGCCUCCGAGGAUGUCAGUUACAUGAAACAAGUCAAGAAACACUACAAUUUGACACGAAUAAAGUGGAAUGGAGAUCCGUGCUCCCCAAGAGAAUAUUCCUGGGAAGGUUUGACUUGCGACUACUCUAAGAGCAACCAGAAUCCGAGGAUUGUCGAAGUAAAUCUGUCUACCAGCGGACUGAAAGGUGGAUUAACCAUAUCAUUCAUGAACAUGGUAUCACUGGAAAACCUGGAUUUGUCACACAACAAUUUGACAGGAGGUAUUCCAGACUACCCAAUAAAGUCAAUAAAAGUUCUCAAUUUGUCAUAUAACCAACUUGAUGGACCAAUCCCUAAUUCUAUUCUUCAAAGAUAUCAGGCCGGUCUGCUUGACUUAAGGUUAGAAGGCAAUCCCGUAUGCUCAAAAAUCAAAGAUACAUACUGUUCAAAUAAGAAGAACACCAAGUCUACCAUGGUCAUCGCAGUGAUAGUUCCUGUAGUAAUGGUAUCCCUCCUAGCAGUGAUGUGCACACUCUGGGCAUUGCGCUGGAAAGGGAGAUCAGGAGACAAUGAGGAUUAUGCUAUGUAUGAAGAGGAAACGCCCCUACAUAUUGAUAUCAGAAGGUUCACGUACGCAGAGCUGAAGCACAUAACAAACAACUUCCAUUCAAUAGUUGGAAAAGGAGGUUUUGGAACUGUUUAUCAUGGCACAAUGGAAAAUGGUGAUGAAGUAGCUGUUAAGGUGCUUAUGGAGACAUCAAUAGCGGAGUCAACAGAUUUCCUCCCUGAGGUGCAAACCUUGUCCAAAGUUCAUCACAAGAACCUUGUGACUCUACAAGGAUAUUGCCAGAACACGAAGUGCCUAGCCCUCGUUUAUGAUUUCAUGCCCAGAGGAAAUCUUCAACAGCUUUUAAGAGAAGGAGACGACUACAGUUUGAAUUGGGAACAGCGACUUCAUAUUGCACUUGAUUCUGCACAAGGGCUGGAAUAUCUACACGAGUCAUGCACCCCAUCAAUAGUUCACAGAGAUAUUAAGACCGCCAACAUCCUUCUGGACAAGAACCUGGUGGGGAUAAUAGCUGAUUUUGGGCUUUCGCGGGCUUUUAACGAUGCGCACACACACAUAUCUACUGUUGCUGCUGGCACUCUUGGCUACCUCGACCCUGAGUACCAUGCAACUUUCCAACUCACCAUCAAGACGGACGUUUACAGCUUCGGCAUCGUUCUCUUAGAGAUCAUCACUGGCCAGCCCCCGGUAUUGAUGGGCCCUCAAACCUACCACCUACCAAAUUGGGUACGACAAAAGAUUGCCAAAGGCAGUAUCCAGGAUAUUGUGGACAAGAGGCUGUUGGAUCAGUAUGACAGCAGUUCCCUGCAGAGUGUGGUGGAACUUGCCAUGAACUGCGUCGGAAGUGCAGCCAUGGACCGUCCUACCAUGACCGAGGUUGUUUCAAGGCUAAAAGUGUUGCUGCCAACGGUUCUAAGUGAAAAGCAGUAUGCUUCUGCGUCCUCUCGAUGUACGAACUCCAUGGAUGCUGAAACGCGAAGGCAGUUCCGGUUGCUGAUUUCUGAAAGGAACGAGGAGAGCUCCUUCCAUUCUGGUUAUACCGGUGGGAUGCCAGAAUUAAACCUUUUAUCUGGACGGUAAAGGGAAAAUGCCUACUGAGAUGUUGCGUCUGCUUAGAUAAAGUUUGUUAAUUUGCUAAUUAUGUUGUCAUUGGUUGUUUAUAAACAAAAAAUCAGUCAUUCUAUUUCCAGUUCCCAAUCUUGCUUGCUGUUUCGAUGAGGAGUGCCUUUUUGCGUGACACUGGGGUUUAGUUCAAGUAAUUUUGAAAAAAGGAAGCAUCUUCUCCCAUGUGAUUUAGAAUUCCACGUUUUAUCCUCAUUAGGGUCCAAACCAAAUCUAAAACAAGUGGUCUACUUAAACACAGCUGCUUUAGAAUUCCGCGUUUUAUCCCCGUUCCCUCUUGCAAUGCUGUUGAACUAGAAUAAAAAUACGUGCUCCUUGUACCGAAUCAUCUGAGCAAAUUGCCGAGUUCAUCGACCAUCACAAAUUAUACGCGAUGGGGUUAUUAUAUGACUCUAUGAGCGAGUUGGCACCAAAGCUAGAAAGAGGCCGAUGC